ACUCCACUCAUUAUUGAGGUCAUUUUCUUUUAAUAGCAGCAAAAUUACUUCCGUUAUUGAACCGAAAAAGAAAAUAUUUUGUUGACAGAUCUACCGGCCUUUCUGCGUUGAAAAACAGCAAAAGGAGACAGGAGGGCCGGGGAAUGAAUUAAUACAAAACCGGGUUGAUGGAUGGAAGAAGGCUGAGAAGUGGCAGAAAAACCAGAUACAAACUUCAUCGAGAACGUCUUCGUAAACCUACACUAGUCGACAGUUACUGUACGGAUGAUGAAAGCCGUCCAAGUUCACGUCGAUACUCGCACACGACUUUCCCGUUAUUUUCCAACCUCUCCGAUGACGAGGUCAUUCUAUCGCACAGUAGCGGCACAGGAAGUGGGCUGAAGGUCUCCCAUUCCACGCCGUCUUGUCUUUUGCUUCAAGCGGCUGCAGAUCUAGAAGAUACUAAUCAGGAAUAUUUCCCCUUUGUGCACAUGCCAAUCGACUGCAAGCUGAAGAUUUUGUCUUACUUGAGCUCCUUUGAAAAAGGGCAAUGCAUGAGGGUGUGUAAGAACUGGUACCAACUUCUGCAGACGCCGGGGUUGUGGUCGAAUAUCGUGAUGUGGGAUUUUCCGCUGACCUGCGUGCCGUCUGCCCGAGGUGGACUUCACAGUCCCAGCGACUGCUACAACUGUUACAAGAGGAGGGUCCACGGCUUCGCUGGCUUCCUCAUGAAAAUCCGACCUGUGAUAAGAAGAUUUGAAUUUAAAUUCGACAUCGGUCAAGUGAAAGAUGGAUUUCUGGCCAUGCUGAGGAAUCUUAUGUGUCACGUUUCGUUUCGAGAGGUUAAAUACAUGCUGUUCAACUGGAAGGAUACACCAGCUAGACCAUUCUGGCUGGAGGAAUUUACGCAAUGCGGUUGUAGAGAGGACGUUCUGUACUCCAACAGAUGUAGAACACGGAAAUACAUUGCUCUCUUUGAAGAACUCGUCAAACAUCUCGCAAAAAUUGAAACGCUUAUACUGCCAUUUGACUGGUCUUGCAUGAAAAACAUUGAAAACGUCACAAAACUAAAAAGUUUGAAGACCCUAGUACUCGAGAAGAGCAGCGUGUUUCAAUCGAUCCAGCAAUCCAGGUUAGAUAAACUCUUGUCAGGACUUCCCGAGUUGCGACAGCUGAUGUUGGAGAUCUGGACUCCGAGUGGGGUCGGAAUGAUGAAGUAUGAUCUGAGUUCGGAGUCUCUGGAAUUCCUCGACGUGUCACAGAGCCGAGGAUUUUAUCUGAGAUCUCUCAACAUGCCAAGGUUGAAACGGUUCCGUGUGGCGCGUCAUCCGUGGAACGGUCCUCUGGUUUGUCCCACUCGACUGAACAUGCCAUGUCUGUACGACGUACUGAGACAGGGAACUCCAAAUCUGUUGAAGCUGAAUGAACACUAUCUAGAAGAAGACUGGAAGGAGGUCUGCAACCCAAGACUGGAGGAGGUCUUUAAAUCUGUUUGUUCCUGUCGCAGACACAAAACAGGGUGGAUGAUGUAAAUGGUUGUGUUCUUAAGAAUGUUUUGUUAGAGAUUUUCCUGCCUUAGAGGUUGUUUACAGGAUAUUUUUGUGUCUAUAUUAUUCUUUAGCAUUUUACUGUAUAUGAAAAAAAUGUGUGAAUUAGAUGUGAAUUAGAUUGUAAGUAUUCGUAUAUCAACAAAGGAUUAGGGACAGUAAGGGCCCUUUUUACCCCCAAAUUUUGGGUGUCUGUAAGAAUGCUGCAAUAGUUCAUAACCAAAAAUCUGUGAUCAUCUUUGUUUCAAAGUGAGCAUCAGCUAUUUUUUUUUUCAUAAGUACAAAAGCUAUCACAAUUUUAAGUUAUGAUUUUUAAUUAACAUGUUUAAUGUCAAAAAAGGGGCCAAAAAUGAGAGUUAAAAGUACCCUGUCCUUUCACAUGCACUGAUCUGAAUAGUGGUGCAAUAUGCACAUUUAAUAAGUUUUUUUUUCAAGGGUGUCAUAUUUAAAAUAAUCACGAACAUGAGAUGUAAUCAUAUUUCAACACAUUCACUCAUUUUAUUUUUAAUUCAUUUUAAUUUUGGUUACAUAUACACAUGGCAUAUGAAAUACUUAACUUCAUUAAUAACCAAAAUUACAGAAUUUUUUUUCAAAGUAAAAAAGUGCAAUUCUUUUAUUCAGGUAAUGGUUAUAGAUGUACAGGGAUGUUAUGUAAUGUUUGAAUGUGUAAAAUUGCAAAGUCAGGCGCACAAAAUUUUAAAAAAGUUUUUGUGCUUAUUUCAACAGAGGAUGUUUUAUACGUAAUUGUUCAACAAAGAAACCUCUAUGUCAGGACAGUUUUAUUUUUCACCUGUCACAACAUUACGCAAUAUGUCUAGAAUAGAUAAGCCAUACACACUAAAACCCUUGUUCUUAGACCACACGGCACUGAAUAAAUACACCUUAGAUUUUUAAAAUGUGACAACUUACUAUUAUAACCUAAGAUACUGAGCUCGAAUAAUUUUAAAUUAAAAUGGAAGUUUUUAACAGUAAAUUUAUUUGUUAGGUAUAGACUGUUGAAAAUGGCUUAUUUUGUUAAUUUUUUUAUGUCAGUGAUGUUUUGUUGAUUUUGACUUUAUUAGUGAUAUAAACUUGAGAAAGUUUUAGUUUGAUUAAAUUUCUUUGAUGGUGAAUCUUGUGUGCAUGCAUAUGAUUUACAACUCCAUUAGAAAUAAUUAUACUCUUAGGCAUUCCUAAACACGUUACUUACUUGUAAUACCUGUACAGUACCAUAUUUGUUGAAAUAUUAGGGUUUGUCCUCCUUAACCCCCCCCCCCCCCCUUUCCCUUCUUAAUACAAUGUAUCACUUAAGAAUUAGUCCCAUGAUUAGUACCAGAAUUUUAUUGGAGAAAAAAAAAUGGAUAAUGAAAGUCAUAUUUACAUUGAAAUUAUAGUGCUCAUUUUACCCCAAUAUCUGAUAUGGUGCCUACAGUGUGCUUAUUAAGGCAAAUGCUUUUGUUAUUACAUCAUGUAAGAUAAAAUUGGUGCAAGACAAAAAAAUUAUCUGAUAGAUUCAUGAUUUUAUCUUUUAUGUAAUGUAAAGGCAGAUUUGGGGAGUGUGAAUAUAUAUCCAUUACAGUUUCAUAAUGUGCUUAAGAAAAUAUUGUUUAUUUUAAUGCAGUUGUAGUUGUUUUUUUUGUCAGUUCAUCAACUGAUCUCAAAAGAAAAAUUCUAUAUUUUUCUGGCAAUGUCUCAUUCAUUUUAACAAGAUCAAUCAUAUGAUUUGUAAAAGAACGAAAUAAUCAUGUUGAAAACCUUACGAAAUAGCCCAGGAAUUCAUCAGAUCAUGAUUUAUAUCCAUUACGGUACUUCGUAUGAUUUGUUGUAUAGGAUCUUUCACUUGUUGAUUUCUGUAUCUGUAAAUGUAGUUUAUACAGUGAAUCUGUUGAAGUUUUUUUCAGGUAAAUGUUGUGGCCUUGGGGCUAACUGAUUUUGCCAUAGUGAGAGAAAGGAGAUCCUAUGAAUCAAAAGUAUAUUUCUGUCUCAAUACUUUUUCUAAUGAUUAUAUUGUUAAUAAAAUGUUUUUAAAAAACUUGA